AUUCCUAUACAGUGUGUUGUGUCUCUCAGAACGCGAGAGAGAGAGAGAGAGAGAGAGAGAGAGAGAGAGGGACCUUGUUCUUCUUCUUGUUCUUCUUCUAUUGUUGAUGGAGCUUCAGAGGCGGCCAGAUCAGUGCCUCCCGGAGAGGAAAGGCCAGAAGAGGAAGCUCGAGGAGGAAUUCGAAGAGGACCGACAGAUCUCCGCGCCUCCCACCGGCGACGCCCGUGACGCUCUCCUCUCCGAUGUCAAGGAACAGGUCACCAUCCUCGAGUCCACUUUCUCGUGGAGGGAAUCCGAUCGAGCAGCCGCGAAGCGCGCUACUCACGCCCUCGCUGAUCUUGCCAAAAAUGAGGAAGUGGUGAACGUGAUUGUUGAAGGAGGCGCCAUUCCGGCUUUGGUUAAGCAUCUUCAAGCACCUCCUUUGGCUGAAAACGACCGUGUUCAGAAUCCAAUGCCGUUUGAGCACGAGGUCGAGAAAGGGAGUGCUUUCGCACUUGGACUUCUUGCCGUCAAGCCAGAACAUCAACAGCUAAUUGUUGAUAGUGGUGCCUUAAGACAUCUUGUUGAUCUUUUGAAGAGGCAUAAUAAUGGCUUAACAUCUCGUGCCAUUAAUAGUCUCAUUCGGAGGGCGGCCGAUGCAAUCACUAAUCUUGCUCACGAGAACAGCAGUAUUAAAACUCGUGUCAGGAUGGAAGGUGGAAUUCCACCACUUGUUCAUUUGCUUGAAUUCGCCGAUACAAAGGUGCAAAGAGCAGCUGCUGGUGCAUUGCGAACCCUGGCUUUUAAAAAUGAUGAAAAUAAAAAUCAGAUUGUUGAUUGCAAUGCUCUUCCAACUCUGAUUCUAAUGCUUCAUUCAGAAGAUGCUGCUAUUCAUUAUGAAGCGGUUGGUGUGAUUGGAAAUCUGGUCCACUCUUCCCCUAAUAUAAAAAAAGAAGUUCUUCUUGCUGGAGCUUUACAACCUGUUAUUGGAUUACUUAGCUCCUGUUGCUCUGAAAGCCAGAGGGAAGCAGCCUUGUUACUUGGACAGUUUGCAGCAACUGAUUCAGACUGCAAGGUUCACAUUGUGCAGAGAGGUGCCGUCCGACCUCUGAUAGAGAUGCUUCAGUCCCCUGAUAUUCAGCUCAGAGAAAUGUCUGCCUUUGCAUUGGGGAGAUUGGCCCAGGACACACAUAACCAAGCUGGUAUCGCACACAAUGGUGGCUUGAUGCCAUUACUGAAGCUUCUUGACUCAAAAAAUGGGUCUCUGCAACAUAAUGCUGCUUUUGCUCUUUAUGGCCUUGCAGAUAAUGAGGAUAAUGUGUCAGAUUUUAUUAGGGUAGGUGGAAUUCAGAGACUGCAGGAUGGAGAGUUUAUUGUUCAAGCAACUAAGGAUUGUGUUUCAAAGACAUUGAAAAGAUUAGAAGAGAAGAUUCAUGGCCGUGUGCUCAACCAUUUAUUAUAUCUUAUGCGGGUUUCAGAAAAGGCUUUCCAAAGACGAGUUGCGUUGGCUCUUACUCAUCUAUGUUCUGCAGAUGAUCAGAGAAAAAUAUUUAUUGAUCAUCAUGGUUUAGAGUUGCUUAUUGGGCUUCUUGGUUCUUCCAGCCCUAAGCAGCAACUUGAUGGAGCUGUGGCUUUAUGCAAGUUGGCCAACAAAGCUAUGACUCUAUCUCCUGUAGAUGCUGCUCCCCCUUCUCCAACACCCCAGGUUUAUUUAGGAGAGCAGUAUGUAAACAAUGCUACCUUGUCUGACGUUACAUUUUUGGUUGAAGGUAAAAGGUUUUAUGCUCACAGAAUCUGUCUACUUGCAUCUUCAGAUGCAUUUCGUGCAAUGUUUGAUGGUGGUUAUAGGGAGAAGGAUGCAAGGGACAUAGAGAUUCCAAAUAUUAGAUGGGAGGUUUUUGAGCCAAUGAUGAGAUUUAUAUAUACUGGAUCAGUUGAUGUUACUCUUGAUAUUGCCCAAGAUCUCCUCCGAGCAGCUGAUCAAUAUCUUCUAGAAGGACUUAAGAGACUCUGCGAAUAUACAAUUGCACAGGAUAUAUCACUGGAUAACGUGUCAAGUAUGCAUGAACUUUCGGAUGCCUUUAAUGCUAUAUCGUUGAGGCACACAUGCAUCCUUUUUAUCUUGGAGCACUUUGAUAAAUUGAGUGCAAGGCCAGGACACUCUCAUCUGAUUCAGCGUAUAAUACCAGAGAUCCGCAAUUACUUUGUUAAAGCUCUUACAAAGGCCAAUUCCAGCAUGCAGCCGUAGUAUCUGUGGAUCUUUUAUUGACGUCUAACUGAUUGUAAUGUACAGAAUGUGGUAGAUGUUCUUCCUUUUAUUGAACCCGUGAAGGAGGUCUCCUGGAUGGAAUACAGAAUGGCUUAGAGUAAUAUCUAACACCAGGUCAUGUAUGUUCUUUUCUGAUGCAGUGUUAGUCCCUUCUGGCUGUAACCUUUGUCAUAGAUGUAGCAGAUAUGAUGACCUUCACGAACAUUGUUUUUCCUCAUGCAAUAUUGUGACGGUUUUGACUUGAUAGUUCUCCUUCUCAAUUGAUUUUGCAUUUCAAUUGUUGAGUUCAUGAUUAUUAUCAUAGGUUACCCAAGCACUUCAUGUAUAUAUGACAAUUAGAUAGUCGUCUGCAAGAAAAUUGUGCUGAUGGGUAAUUUAUGUUAUGUAAGUCGUUAAUCUUGUCUUCUGAUAUGGAAAUAUAUUGUAAAUUAAUUGACUCAAAAUCUUGUCUUCCUGUAAGU